GAUCUGAUGUGUUGCGUCUCGUUGCUCGUUGCCCUGCAGACCCUCCCGUGGCGCCGACCCUGUUCGCCCUGAGUCCUCUGCCUCCUGAGGGGACGUCGGCGGACUCGCCGGGUCCGGACGUUUGUCUGGCUACAGAUUUCCGUCCGAAAGUCGGUACGCUGGUCCUGAACUUGAGGGACGGUCCGGUCAAUGUGAGCACCAGCAACGCCGUCCUGUCCACGAAGAAAAAGACGUACUUCUACGCCACGUUCACCAACCAGACCCUGCACUCCUGCGAGCUGUACAGCACGCCGGGAAACAACGAAAUCAUCGACUUGUGCGCCGACGUUCAUCCAGACAAAAGCAAAGUGAACUUCUUCCUGCUGGUGAUGAACGGAGUGAGAGUGGUGUUCACCAAAACUCUGGCCUUGAACACCCUCCUCACCAUCAGAGCCGUGCUCUUCUAACGCACGCGGC